AAACUAACUUGGAUUGAAGGAGUAAACGUGUAGGUGGAGAUGUGGUGAGUCGGCGUUUGAAUUCCACAAGCUACGAAUCUCUAAUCAAUAUGUGCCUGCCACCCCCGAUUUGACUCGGCCUUCCUCCUCCUAUGCCUAACAUUACUUAAUCAACUUAGCGCGCAACCUGCUCGACCAUUUGCCUGACUGAACAAAAACUUGUAAAAACAACACCUCAAUCACAACAUAAACAACUCGACACAAAUGUGGAGGCGUGUCACUUUACUUUCUUCACUGGUUUCCUCCUCCAACGCCUCCAUUCUUAACCAGGGAGCAUUUACCUUCAAAUUUUGGGAAACAUUUUCCACAGAGGUUGCUAUACAAUAUGCAAAACCUUUCAUAACCUUCGUCUUAGGGGGCCCAGGUAGUGGAAAAGGUACACAAUGUGAAAAGAUCGUUGAAACCUAUGGGUUCAAUCAUUUGAGUGCAGGAGAUCUGCUUAGAAGGGAAAUUGCCUCUGAAACUGAAUAUGGCACUAUGAUUCUAAAUACUAUCAGAGAAGGUAAAAUUGUUCCCUCUCAAGUUACAGUCAAGAUUAUUCAGAGGGAGAUGGAAUCAAGUGACAAUAUAAAAUUUCUUAUCGACGGGUUCCCUCGAAGUGAAGAGAACCGUGUAGCUUUUGAAAAAAUUACUGGAGCAGAACCAGACUUGGUGCUUUUCUUUGACUGUCCCGAGGAAGAGAUGGUGAAGCGAGUGCUAAAUCGCAAUCAGGGCAGAGUUGAUGAUAACAUUGAAACGAUGAAAAAACGUCUUAAAAUUUUUGAAGCAUUAAAUCGUCCCGUUAUCAACUACUACUCAGAGAAAGGAAAAGUUUUCAAGAUCAAUGCAGUAGGAAAUGUAGAUGAAAUAUUUGAACAAGUUCGCCCAAUUUUCGACUCAUGUAAGGUAACAAACUGAACCAUUUUUGCAUGAAUUAAGAACAUCAAGGCAUAAGAGUUUUUGUUUAAGUUGACUCUGGCCUCUGUUAUUUUGACAUUUUGAGAAAAUCAAGGAAGGUUUCAGCAAACUAUCCGAACUCACAAGAAGUAAAAAUCCCACCUGAGAGUAUGGCUACUUUGCAAAAGCAUAUACAUCAUAAGCAGUUACUAACUUACUACUAUUUUUCUCCAUGGCAGCAUAGAACUAUAGAAGAUACAUAUUAUAUUGUAUUGUAUUGCUUUGCAUAGCUUAUUCUGAAUUUUGAAAAGAAAACCGUUGUCGUAUUUUCAGUUCAAACAAAAUGGUUGUAGAUAUUCCUAUUACAUCACCUUGCUAAUGUAGUUUACUUUACAUGUACAAAAA